AUGGAUGAUAUAACAUUAGCGAACUUUGAAAUCCCUUCAGAUUUAAUUAAACCUGCGGAUCCACUCGAUUACUCGGGAAGUAAAUGUCGAGUUAAGAAAAGCAUGUUUUUUAAUUCACCUGUGGCUGAAAAGGAAAUCGGAAAAUUCAAAAUAAAUGAUCAAAGACUUUGUGAUUUGGAAAAAGAAGUCAACUACAUUCAUAAAAUUUGUAAUUGCAGAUUUGUUCUUACAUUCUAUGGUUACAUUCGUCGAAACACAAGUUACAGCGCUAUUUGGAAAUGGGGUGGCUAUAACCUACAAGCUUAUCUUGCGGAGAACCCGAACCUGGAAUGGACAAUGAGACUGUCGAUCGCACAAGGGAUUUCUAACGCGUUGAACUUUAUUCAUAAAGAGGAGAUCCUACACUAUGACAUUAGAAGCCAUUGCUUGCAAGUUAAACUUCAUGGUUUUCGUUUAGCGGAAGGUUCAUCUAUUUCACCGGUUAUGUUAACUUCAGCUAGUGAACGUACGGAUCCAAGAUGGACUCCUCCCGAAAAAAUUCGAGAUAAAAUCUAUACUAAAGCCAGCGAAAUUUAUAGCUUUUCCUUGGUUCUUUGGGAAAUCAUCAAUAACCGUACUCCAUUCAACGACAUGUUGCCUGAAGAGAUAACAAAUAAGGUUCUCAAUGGGGAACAUCCGCAACCCGAGAGAACCAAUGGCUCACCCGUGGAAUAUCAGGAAAUAAUGGAAAAAGGUUGGAGCAUUAAUCCAACGAACCGUCCAACCGCUCAACAAAUGCUUAAUUUAUUAAGUCAUUUGGAAUCACAAGAAUGGCUUGGUCAUAGACUACCGAGAAUUGGAGAUGAUGAUCACUCUCAGCCCGAUUUUCAAAUACCACCUUUUUCACCAAAGAACUCGAAAUUACUUGAUUUUCCAAUUUCAAGAUUAACAAAUUUAGUGUCAACAUCAGACUCCUGUAAAGAGGUAUUAGAUUUGUUUGGAGCUGCAAAACGUAAUAGAGAUCUUUUUAAUAGGGGAGUGGAUAUUAUUAAUGGUGGGAAGAUCAUUCUUAAUGAAAUAAAGCAAACUAUCGAUCGAUCAACAAAUCUUUAUUGGAAGGAUUGCAUCGAAGAGUCUCCAGCUUUUCAACAUUAUAGUAAUUAUUUAUUGAAUAUUGAGAAUGUCAAGGGAUUUAUAGAAGUUGAUGACGACGAGAAUUCAUCGGUGGUUCCUGGAAGUAAGAAUAUUAAAAAGGGGCUUUAUAUGUACAGUGCUUCGGUGGCCGAAAAAGUCGUUGGAAAAUUUGAAAAGAAUGAUCCAAAACUUAAUGAAUUGCAAGACGAAAUUAAUUACCUGAAAAGCCUCAGUGAAUGUGAAAACAUUCUCAAGUUUCAUGGGCUCAUUCGUAGAAACACUAGUUGGAGUGUCAUUAUGAAAUGGGGUGAAUAUAAACUACAACCUUAUCUUGAGAAGCAUCCAAAUAUGGAAUGGACAAAGAAAUUGUUGAUCGCGCGCGGAAUCGCCAACGCGUUGAAUUUUAUUCACACGAAAGACAUCUUACAUUAUGAUAUAAGAAGUGAUAACAUUUACCUGGAUACACUUUUACAACCUAAACUUUGUGGUUUUCGUAUCGCAAAAGAUUCGCCAAUCAUACUGAAUUCGGCUAAUGAUAAAACGAAUUCAAGAUGGACUCCACCUGAGAAAUUUCGAGAGGAAGAAUACACAAAAGCCAGUGAAAUAUAUAGCUUUUCCUUAAUACUUUGGGAAAUCAUUAAUCAUAAGUUACCAUUCCACACCGUUGAUCCUAAAGAUAUUAAAAUUAAGGUUCUCAAUGGAGAACAUCCGCAACCUGAAACUAUUAAUAACGUACCAGUCGAAUAUCAAGAAAUAAUGAAGAAAGGAUGGGAUUCGAAUCCAAGUAAACGUCCAACAAUUCAAAAAGUAUCAAAUGUAUUGAACAAAUUAGAUUCAGGAUUACAAGGUGUCAAAAUCGGAGAUUAUGACGAUAAUUUUCUUUCGCCAAAAGCUGCUGCAUUCAAAGAUGAUGCUUCGUUUGAAGAUGAUGCUGCUUCGAUACAAUCAGAUUAUUCAUAUGUAUCUUAUAGUGCCGAUUUAAAUGUUACGCCACAC